UCGAGACGAUUCGAAUACGACAGAGCCCCAAAUUCGAUUCGUGACACAUUCUGCUCCUACCGCCGGUUAUCCUCUUCUCCGCUCUCUCCGAUGGCUACGACGGUGUUCCGAACGCCGCCUUCUGUCGGUGCACCGGCGGCGUAUCUAUGCAGUGACGUUGGAGGUUUUUAUAGUCGGAAACUCCCUCGCGGAGGUUGCUUUGAAUGCGAUAGAUUGUCAGUAUUGCGGUGUCGUGUUUACGGUGAUCGUUGCUGGAGGAGCGUUAUCAAAAUGUCGACCCGGCCGGCUCCGAAAUUCUUUACCUUUGCUGCUGAUGGAGAAGCUAUGGAGACCAAAGAUGAAACGCUAGUGAAGGUUCGGGUUGAAGGAUCGGAGACCGAAUCCGAACCUGAAUUUGAGUGGAACAUUGAUGAAGCAGUUGAGGUGGAUGCUUCUAGUGAGAGUGAUGAUACAGUUGUAGACGAGAAUACUUCUUCAACUAUAGCUUAUUUAAAUUUAUUGAAAGAGGCUUUAGCAAGUAAAGAUGAGGCAAAAGUCACUGAAGUAGAAUCCCUUCUUAAAUCCCUUGAGGAUGAAAAAAUUGAUCUUGAGAAGAGACGGAUUGCGCUAUCUGAGGAGUUGUCGUAUGCAAAAGUUCUGGUUAUUAGAAUCAGUUCCGAGUUUGAUAGCUUCCGAAAGAGAAUGGAAAGGGAGCAGCUUUCUGUAGUUUCAAAUGCAGGGGGCGAAGUUGUGGAAACUUUGCUGCCCAUUUUGGAUAGUUUCGAGCGAGUUAAAGCCGAGAUCAAAGUGCAAACUGAAGGAGAGGAGAAAAUCAAUAACAGUUAUCUUAGUAUAAACAAGCAAUUUGUGGAAAUCCUUGCAUCCCUCAACGAUGUUCCUGUCGAGACAGAGGAGAAACCAUAUGAUCCGACGGGAGGCGUCCGAUUUGGCUCAGGAUUCAGUCAAGCAAUCAACAAACUUGUUGAGAAGUUGCAUAAAGUUUGUUCGCAUGCUAUGAAGACAUGGAUACGCAUUUAAUCAAACUAAUCUGGUCGAUUCAAGCAUACACAGCAGAAAUCUCCUUCUUCUGGAACGAUCAUCUUAUAGUGUGUAGGAAAGUCGAACCUAUCAACCAAUCCAGUUCAAGCUUACACGAAGAGAAGUGAUCCAACUCAAUGAAAAGCUCCCACGACCGUAAGUUAACUAAACCAGUGGACCAAAUGAGAGAAAGUUUUCGGAAGCAAACAAAAUAAAGACAAGUCCACGACUUUAAAACAUUCAAUGAAGCAGUAUUUUUUACCGCGAUCACAUUGAACGAAGGAUUGAUUCCCUAUAACAUUAGAACAUCUCGAUAUAUUUAUUCGAUUCUCUUGCAUUAUUAAACUUUGCUAAUGAAUUCUAGGAC